AUGGCGUCUUCAUCCGACCAAAAUCCCCUCUUACCGGGUAUGAAGCUCCUCCCCUCCGCUCUCAUAGCCACCAUCACGAGCAAGCUCGACAUCCGCUCCAUCCAGUCACUCGCAUCCACGUGCAAGACCUUCCGCUCCUACGCCGCCCACAUCCUGUCUUUCGUCCCCACCUUCCACCUUUUUGUAAGAUAUAAUCAUAUACUUGGAUAUAGCGCCAUUGAUGAAUUUGUUGAGACCUUUAUUACCUUCAAACCCAUACUUGAGAAGCCUAAAGGUGGAUGCACACGCCUUGAUGAUUUCUCCCUCGAUUUCUUGAUUCACCCCUCUUUGCAAGAGCUUUGCCUCUACAAUUGCGCCGACUGCACAAGAACUUGUUGGUUCUUUGUUAAAUGCUGGUGUGACUUUUAUUCUCCUGGUUAA